ACGCCUCGUAUAACGCGUACAUACGCACGUAGCGCACGCAGUGACUCCGAACACCACAUAGCGGCGACGCACAGACCGCCAAAAGACCUCCUCUGUGUUCGCGCGCGUGUGCGGAGCUCUGCGUCAGUACGCGCUGAUUGGUUAAGCGUCAAAGCACAUCCGUUAGCGUUUACGGAAAUGUUGAAACGAGAACCCAAGAAACUCUCAAGCUAAAACGCACUAAAACAACUUAUAAACCGAAUGGGGCAGUUCGAAGAUCAGUUAUCUGAAGAAGUGCGACGUUAUAAGCACUUAUACGACCCUUCUUCGAAACAUUACAAACAAGGUGACGUGAUGUUGAAGUCCUGGAAGGAAAUAGGCCAAAGACUGGGAGAAGAUCCGGAGGUGUGCAUGAAGAAAUGGAAAGCCAUUCGAGACAAAUUUGUGCGUCUGAAGAAAAGAUUAAAGAACAGAAAUUGCGAUUCUGGACCGGACGAAGAGAAAGAACCGGAGUAUUGUAUGAGGUUGUCGUGGCUUAAUGGAUUUAUUAAACACCGAGACGCGAGGAACGACUUGGUCCCUAAAAGUGAAGCUGGAGAAUGGAGGCGGUCUUCAGUCCAGCAAGCGACCUGCAGCGACGACGACGACGACUCGGCGUGCACGGAAGUGACGUCAGUGAGCCAGCCUGUCAAGAAGAGGAAGCGACUCUCCAAAGGGGAGGAUAUCGUAGACAAAAUAUCGACUCUGCGCCAGGAAAUGGUGAACUGUACGACUCUGGUGUCCCAACUGAGCGCCAUCACGGAAUCCCGUCGAUGCAGUGACGAGUUUUUUACUUUUGCUCAAGCUGUAGCGGACUCUCUCCGGAAACUUCCGCCUGAGCGCGUGGAGGCGACCAAAGUGAAACUGUUUACUGUGCUUGGAGAUGCACAUAAUGCAGCAGGGCUUUAAAUAAACACACACACACACACACACACACACACACACACACACACACACACACACACACACACACUCUCUCUCACUCACACACACAGAUAGACAGAGACAGACACAAGCACACUCUCU